ACCUCUCUCGACAUCGUGGCGGGAUUUGUGUAGGUCUCAGCAUGUAAGCGAAUCUCCGGGACUCCGGGACUCCGGGACGAGGAAAAGCUCGGAAGGUGUGGAAGGAGAUGUACGAUUUUGUAUACAAUGGGACUCAGGGCAGAGCAUGCAUGGUACUGCAGAGACGGAGCGAUAGAGCAUCGGGUAGCCGUAUGUGCUUGGCGCCGGGCCAAAUGCGAAAGGCUCUAGUUCCAGACUCUGGCUGCAAAUUCGACGGAGAGCAGUGAUGGAAGCCAGCUCGGGAAGUGCGAGUGGAUUGACCUGUAACAUCCGAGUGGCUUGCGCAGUGAAUACAAGAGGAGCAAUGUUGUUGCAAUGAACGAAAUUCUCACAGUCCCGUGAAUUGCUGAUUCAGGUGUCGCAUCCGAAUCCGGCCAGAACACCUAAUACGGUGCAAAUACUCACUCGACUGGGUGGCCAUGCCUCUCGCCUUUGAAAUUCGCUUCAAGUGCUGUUUCCCAGCACCUCCGCCUUCGGCAAUUCUACCAUCGCACAGUGGUCUCCGAGCAGGAUGGGCGAGCAGAGGGGAGCUUCUCAUCAUCUCCAGGAAUUCCAAGGGUCGAAGGCUGGGGGUGGUGGUGGUCUCAUCGAUCCAUUGUAGGAAUUCAGAACAAUCGAAGCCGGCACAGGAGCUUUUGAGCAAGGCUGCCAAACAGUUUGGUCAGGCUGUAGUGGCUGGAUCGUUGCUGGGACUGUGUCUUCUUCCGUUGGGUGCAGAGCCGGGACACGCAUGUUGGAAUGGAUACUCAACAGGCGAAGGAAAUCAUGGUGAAUUGGAGAAUUAUACUCACCCGCAGCACAUGAGCUCGGCUCUGGAUAAUGUGGGCGAGUCUGAAAGAGUGCCGACUGCAAAAUCCGCCGACCGGGGGAUGCCUCACUUGAAUUACCUUCUAGGGAAGCCAGCAAAUGCUAGAAUCAGGAGAUGGAGUUCGUCUCAUUCAGGGCUACGGAUGUUUUCAGCCAAAAGGGAGUAUGUGCAUGAAGGUGCAGGGGAUAGCUUAGGAGUGACUUACGGGCAAAUUUUGCAAGGGCGUGAUGAUACCACCAAGAGGGAAUCCAUGUUUACAGAGGAUGCAUGGGUAGGCAUGACAAAGCUGCGACAAUACGAUGAGCUUCUGGACAAAGUGGAAGCAGAGGAGAAGCUUUGUCCCGAGUGCACCAAAAAUCGAAGGCUACUGGAGCAGGUCUGGCAAACCGUUUCAAAUGAGUACUACGACCAGUACGGCAGUCAAUCGGCUUGGGCUGGUAAACUCUAUGACAGUCUGUCGACAACUGGUGGACUUCUCCGCACCAAAAAGGAAACGUACAGAGUGAUCAAGAACAUGGUGGACAGCAUAGGGGACCGCUACAGUGCGUUUCUGAAUCCCCAGCAAUAUCGCCUUGCCAUCCGUCGUCCAAUACCUUCAGAAAUCAAGUACCUGACUUAUCAGUAUACCGGAGUUGGUGUUGCGCUUGGAAAGAAGUCGCCCAGUGGUGGUCUUACCAUCGUUUCUCCUUUUGCCGGUUCUCCGGCUGAAGAGGCUGGAAUCUUGCCAGGAGAACGUCUUCUGCGCGUCGAUGGAGAACCAGUCGAUUCUCUCUCAGCCGAGGAAGCAGUCAAUCGCCUACGUGGCCCAGCUGGCUCUUCGGUCGAGUUGGAAGUGACUGGCUUACAACCGGGAAACUCCGUUCGAAAGGUGGUCUUGGAGAGACGAGCAUUGCCAUUACCUCCUUUGAGAACAAGAUUAGUAGAUGCCGGAGAUGGGCGAGUUCUCGAGUAUAUGCGGCUGCACUAUUUCACCCACGAAGGUACCAAGGAGAUGGCAGCAGCCAUCAGGCAAGGCGAAGCUCUUGGUGUCGACGGUUACAUUCUGGAUCUGAGAAAUAACCCGGGUGGCGUAUUUGAAGAAGCUGUUGCCAUGGCCGCAUUGUGGCUAGACUGCCAAGGGUGCGAUGUGACAGAAACUGUACGGAGCAGCGUGGGGGGUGUUGAAGACCUCGUCUAUUCUGUGAACAAUCUUCCGAAAGAAAUUUUUAUCAAGCACCCUGGUACAUUAACUCAUGCUCCACUGGCAAUCAUCACAAAUCGCAGCAGUGCAAGCGCUAGCGAGGUUCUGACAGGAGCAUUGCACGACAACCAUCGAGCGGUUGUUGUCGGAGAGAAAACUUUUGGGAAAGGAGUUGUUCAGUACUUCUUUCCGAUGGACGAUGGAAGUGGCCUGAAGCUGACAGUCGAGAAGUACCUAACUCCAGCCCGUUACGAUAUUUCUAAGCAGGGUGGUUUGCAACCGGACAGGAGUUGUACAGAUUUUCCUCGUCAAUCUGGGCAAUCCGACGUUUGCAUCGACGAAGCUCUGGAGAUGUUGCGAGAGGUGCAAGAGCAGCAAACAGUGACUAGACCGUCGGCUGAAGAACGACUGCCAUACCGCUGGCGGCCGCUGAAUGAAAGAAGCCUUUUGGCUGAUGGCACCUACUGAACCCUCUGGGCAUGUUGUAAAUUACGCGCACCGGCAGUCGGAGACGAUGAGUUCAUUCUCAUUCUCCUUCUCGUCAUGUCUGUCUUUCAAGUGUAGAUAGUGAAGCAUGUUGUGAGUUUCAGUUCAAGCCUCUACCAACAUCUAUUUUGAUUCCAGUGUACAGAUUAUGGUGCACAAAGAAUGAAAAGUGCCACAGUAAAUUAGGCGCAUGUAUUCUAAGAACACUUCUCACAUCAACAGGCAAUCGAGUUUCCACUCCAGUAUCAAGCACUCUGAACUUCAGUCGAUCGAAAGCAACGUGGACUGACAAUCCUGAAUGUUGGUCGUGGUAGUCUUUUACAUCUCCUCUCCAUUACCGUGCUAGACAAGGUGUUAUAGUAGACGUCACACCUUUCAUCUUGCAUGUAUGUAAAUUGCCCUUCCAUUACUUGAUCUAGCCCAGCGAAUUACAUCUCCACUUGUGGUGCAUGUCAACAAUAAGCCCAAUGUCAACAUCGGAGUGUCAGAAUUGUCAUUUACGAAGUUGAGCACAAGUAGGAUAUCACAUUCUACAUAGUUGUUCAUGUCCUUACCAUCAGUGGCAAGAUUAAAGAAAUAUAUAUUUCAUCCUAGAAAGCUUUUAAUGGUGGUCCACACCAAAUAUAGGUGAUUAGGCACCAAACUGUUGAUAUCAACUCUCAGGAUUUGAUCACUCCAUAGAAUCGUUUUCAAUCAAGCAAAUUUAGAAUGUAAUGUAGCCACCUAGUACCUCCAUGUAAAUAGAUAUUCAAUGUUGUCUAUACUUGGAGGUUGAUUGUGUACAGAUCCAAUUGCUUUACCUUGCAAUCACUUUAUUGCUGACAGAAACAGGAAUAGAUUUUUCCA